UGUUUUGAGCUUCAUAACUCCAACAUGAGGCACGAGGACGCCACACACACGCUCACAUUUCUUUUCUAUUUAUUAGUUCUUCUUCCUAUAUGUGAGGCGACACCACGAGUGAUUGAAUAUGAUGUAGACGCUGGUAAAGAGGAUCUGUUUGAUGUCAAUGAAGAUGCGGGUCUCGAUCUCUUCGAGGGAGAUAUUUUAUAUGAUGAAAAACUGGGGAGAAACUCUAUAAUCGGGGAGGAAUACAGAUGGCCCAAAACUAUUCCUUAUUACUUUGAGGAUGAUCUGGAAAUCAACGCUAAAGGAGUGAUCCUGAAGGCCUUCGAGCAGUAUCGGCUGAAGACCUGCAUCGACUACAAACCCUGGACUGGAGAGGAAAACUACAUCUCUGUGUUUAAAGGCAAUGGCUGCUUCUCAUCAGUGGGGAACCGGCGUGUGGGCAGGCAGACUCUGUCUAUCGGCAGUGGUUGUGAUCGUAUCGCCACCGUUGAGCAUGAGUUCCUGCACGCGCUGGGCUUCUGGCACGAGCAGUCACGCUCCGACCGGGACGAUUACGUCUCCAUCAUCUGGGACCGCAUUACAGAAGGCAAGGAGCACAACUUCAACAAAUACAACGACAGCACCUCGAGUGCGCUGAACGUGCCCUACGACUACGGCUCCAUGAUGCACUACAGCCAGAAGGCCUUCCAGAACGGCUCCGAGCCCACCAUCAUCACCAGAAUACCAGCCUUCAGCAGCGUCAUCGGCCAGCGCAUGGAGUUCAGCGACAGUGACCUGCUGAAGCUCAACAGACUCUACAACUGCACGAGCUCCUCCACGUUUCUGGACUCCUGUGACUUUGAGCUGGAGAAUAUCUGUGGAAUGAUCCAGAAGCGUGAAGAUGACAGUAAUGCAGAGUGGCGGCGAGUUUCUGAAGCUGCAGGAGGACCAGACACAGACUACACCAACAUGGGCCGCUGCGAAGGUAAGGGUUAUUUCAUGCACUUCAGCACAGCUGGAGGGCCGGACGGUGCCAAGGCUCUGCUGGAGAGCAGGGUCCUGUACCCGAAGAGAGGCUUCCAGUGUCUGCAGUUCUUCAUCUUCAACAGCGGACACACUUCUGACCAGCUGCGCAUCUGGACACGAGAGUUCGACACCGAAAACCCCAACGGGACCUUACAUCUUGUGCAGCAGAUACACGCUCCUCCAGGUGAGCGCUGGCAGAUUCAGCACGUCAGUCUGAACGUCUCCAGAAAGUUCCGUGUGGUGUUUGAAGGCACUAAAGGGAUCGGGAGCUCCGGCGGACUCUCAAUAGACGACAUCAACCUCUCAGAGACCCGCUGUCCAGAUCACGUGUGGAUCGUCCGGGACUUCAGGAGCAUUCUGGAGAACACACCAAUGGACACGGCCAUCUACAGCCCGCGCUUCACCUCCAGACACGGAUACAGCUUCCAGAUGGGCCUGUAUCCCAACGGCACCACGGGGUACCCGGGCGAGAUGGGAGCCUAUGCUCAUUUAGCAUCCGGAGACGCGGCGGUGGACGGCGGGCUGGUGUGGCCUGCGCAGUGGAAGCAGAUGACCAUGAUGAUGAUGGACCAGAAUCCAGAUAUCCGCAGACGCAUGUCCAACCAAAGGAGUGUGACCACCGACCCCAACAUGACUGUGGAAGGAACUCUGAAUUUCUUCUGGGAUGAUCCACGUAAAGUUGGUGUGAAAGUGGCAGAUGACAAUGGGACGGAGUAUUUCCGAGGACCAGGCGCCGGGACCCCUGUGUACCUGACCCAGGCCAGAGCCCUGAGCCGGGACUUCAUCAAGGGUGGAGACGCCAUCUUCCUGCUCACUAUGGAGGAUAUCUCUGAUCUGGUCCCUUCACAGCCUUUCCCGUCCACGACUGUGACUCCAGCAACAUCAGCUCACACCGGACCGACAAACCCAGACAACAGCACAUCCUCCAACAGCACUACAGCCGGCCCGGCUACACACACCAGCUCCAUUACACACACCAGCUCCACCAGCUCCAUCACCCCCGGCUCCAGCACCACCGUUUCUCCUCCUGACCCGUGUGUGUCGAUUCAGUGCGAGAACGACGGAGUGUGUGUGCUGGACAGCGCAGGACAGCCCGUCUGCAGGUGUGCGGUGGGCAGUGACUGGUGGUAUUACGGCGAGCGCUGUCAGCAUAAGAGCUCCACUCGGCACACAGUGGUGACGGCGGUGCUGGCGGCUCUGCUGACGCUGCUCCUGAUGCUGGCCAUCACCGCCGUCAGUGUGGUGUGUGUGAAGAAACGACGCAAGACUGUCCAACUGGACACACACACCAUCACCAUGCACAACAUACACUCCAAAGCCUGAACGCACGCAGGGAAACACUGAUCCUGGACGUCUGUUCAUGUUAGAGAGCUGCCAUUAGGAUGCACAAAUACACACACACACACACAGCGCUGUUUACAUCCACCUAUCUGGCUGCAGAUGCAGUAUGAGCUGCAUUCAAUGCUUUUUUAACGCCCACACGUAACCCCGCCCCUCACAGUGAUGUCACCAGCUCCAUUGAGUGCAUUAUCUGUCAUUGCAUUGCUGAGAUAUGCAGUCUCAGCUUGCAUCAUCAUGGCUGCAUCCAGAUUCUGUUGAUGUUUAUGUGUUUGUGGAAGAUUGCAUUAGAAACGCCUCAUGGAGACAUCAAGAUGAAGAAUCUUAAAUACACAAAUAAACUGUGCUGGGAUCA